CAGAGAAAAGGCCACAGCAAUAGAAGGAGGGAAAGAGAGCGAAAGCAGACAAAAAAGGAGUUUUUAUCCCCAAGUUUAUUUCUUUUUUUCUGUUUGUUUUGCAAACCGGCUUGAUGGUUGCCUGGGAUUUGUCAGGGAGACCUCAGGAGCAGUGAGAUCCAACAGCUGCAAAAAGAAGGUCAUGCGUGUUGCGCUGCGACCACGCAGUGGCUGCCUUGUGCUUUGUCUGGGCCUGUCUGCGGUCACAAUGCUGCUGCAGAGCCUCUGGGUACCUCUAGAAAUGUCCACAUAUGAACCCGCUGGGAGGUCACCUGCAGAAGUUCAGGGUCAGCAAGGUCUGGGCUUACACAGGCUGACCCUUCGCUUGGAGGCUCUUAAUACACACGUGCAGAGGCUGAGCAGACAACAAAAUACAAAGAUGACCUCAGAGGACCUCCAUCUGCUUCUACAGAGCUUUAGACAGGACCAGCAAGGCUUGGCUCGCUUGGUUAAGAGCGAGCUUAAGAGAGUUUCCCACAGACUGGACCAGUUUAACCAUCAACACCUGCCUCACACAUCUACCACACAUGACAAUCACGGCCAAAACACAGGACCCAAAGAGGGGUGUGUGGUGCCGGUGGAUCCUGCAUUUCCAGUGUGUGCAGAGAAAGUUGAGUUCCUGCAGGCCAAGUGGCAGUCAGACCCCUGCUAUGCCUUCUAUGGUGUGGAUGGCACCACCUGCUCCAUACUGACUUACCUCAGCCAAAUAGAAAACUUCUGCCCGCCUCUACCUGGCCGGAACCGCUCUGCUCCCCCAUGGCAUCAGAAACCACCGCCCUAUACAAACAAGGCUGAGGUACGCUCAACGCUGAGUCUGCUCUAUGAGGCCAUCAGCAACAACAGCGGUGCUGCGGUGACAUUCAUGCUGUCCAGGGUGGAAAUGAUGUCAGAGCGCUGGAAACAGGCUGCUGUCACGAUGAGGCAGCACAACAACAACACUCAUAGCGCUCAGAUGAAGGUGCUGCUUUAUCCUGGCGCCCUUGCUGGGGAUGGAGGCCAACGUUUCCAAGCCAUGGUAGAAAGAGGUGGCCCUCUUGGAGAGCUGGUUCAAUGGGCAGAUCUUAGUGCCUGUUUGACCAUCCUGGGUCACAACCUGACACUGAGCACCUCACAGCAUCACCUCCACAGCCUGAUUGGUGCCGCUCCAGGCCGAGGCAGCUGUCCCAUCAAGGUGCCCCUGACCUUUGACCUCAUCUAUACCGACUACCAUGGGCUAGCUCACCUUCGAGGAGCCAUGGGACUGGCUUUCCAGCAUUACCAGUGCCGCUUCAGAAUCCUGGACUCAUUUGGCACUGAACCGGCCUUUAACUUGGGAAGUUAUGCAAGCAGCCGUGGCUAUAAAACACAGUGGGGCAGCUGGAGCCUCCACCCGUUGCAGUACAUGACCAUGUUCCCACAUACACCUGAUAAUUCCUUCCUGGGCUUUGUAAGUGAGGAGGCAGCAAGGGGGCAGGACUCUGACCUCUACAGGAAGGAGAAGAUAGCAGUCAUCUAUGGCAAACAGGAGUACAUGUGGCAGGGAAAAUCUGAAUAUGUACAGGUGAUUAGUGAAGAACUGGAGAUUCAUGCUACUGUCUACCAGCCUCCUGGACAUGUCUCCACCUUGCCCAGCUUUGUGAGAAACCACGGCCUGCUCUCCCAGCAACACUUCCUGCAACUCCUCCGCACAGCCAAAGUGUUUGUAGGUCUUGGUUUCCCCUAUGAGGGUCCUGCGCCCAUCGAGGCUAUCGCCCUGGGCUGCAUUUUCCUCCAGCCAUGUCUCAAUCCGCCUCACUCCUCAGACAAUAACGACUUCUACAAAGGAAAACCAACAACAAGACAGAUAUCCUCCCAGCACACGUAUGCUGAAGAUUUCAUUGGUAGACCUCACGUGUGGACGGUGGAUGCGACUAACAAGACACAAGUGCGGGAAGCUGUCAAAGAAAUUCUACGCACAGAGGUGAAGCCUCUAACGCCAAGAGAGUUCUCAUGUGAGGGAAUGUUGGAGCGGGUUCAUCAUUAUAUCACUCACCAGAGUUUCUGCAGUGCAUCGGUCACCACGUGGCCGCCCGAAAGUGCUCUAAGAGUGCACCUGGGUCCCCUCGGUCAAUCAUGUGUAAGUGUGUGUGCACGGUCCUCCCUUGUGUGUGAGCCGUUGCUCUUUCAACGCCUCAACAACCCUGAAGUGUUCACCAGGCUUGGAAUCAGUUGUUCCAGCAAACUGAAGGAAGUCAACCACAUAUUCCCCGCCUACACCCCCUGGGGUCGACUGUGUCGCCUACAGCAGGAACCGUUGCUGUUCAGCUGUUCCGGUUCCGACCCUUCCCACCGCCGCCUGUGUCCGUGCAGAGCUUAUCGACCUGGACAGGUGGCACUGAGCCCUUAGGACAUGGCAAGAAUGGCGUUAAGGAAUCAGGUCCAUCAGUGUAGGUUUGUUUUCACUUUGACCAAAGAGGACAGCUGCAUUGCCAAUGCUACAUACAAAGCAAAUGAGACUUAAAUGUAGGAUUAAAACCACAUUUUUGUGUCCAAUUAGCAAUCAUUUUGGUUCCUGUGACUUCAUGAGAUGAUUCAUUGCAAGCAAUACAACGUCGGGCCAUUUUUUAGACUCAGGAAAUUAAAUUACAUUAUCUGCUCAUAUCUGAUGAUAGAAGGAUGAUGGAGUAUUGCCCUUGACAUGUCUAUAUUUCACUUUAAUUUGAAGUCGAAGCCCUCUUUUUCAGUUUGGGUCACAUUUGCACGGUUCAUUGAUUCCCGUCUGACUACAAAAUGACGAGUCUGGGCCUCCUUGGAGAUAGGGUGACAGCCUCAAAUGAUGAGGCUCAUUAUCGCUGUGAAUCACAAAUAACCUCUGGGCGCCUUUGGGUGGUCACUGCCAUAUGAGCAUGAUUAUAUUGUCAUAUAAACCUCCAGUUCCUGACUGUCUUGGCUCUGUUUAACUUCAUACCCCCCACCAUAGAGACUGUUUGUCUUUCAAACACAUAGCGGUAUUCUGUCACUCAAGGCAGGAUUAAUGAUGUUUUCUUGACUGAAAGGACACUUUUAAACCCUUAAGACAACCUCUAGACUUUUUGUGCCAGUUAAUUUUUCUUAAUUUUCAAACCAUUUCGACUAUGUUGGCGACAUUUGCCAAAUUAUAUUCAUUUUGAAAAUGUUUAGAAUUGUCAUGUGUAGAUGUAAAAAAAAAAAGAUCACAUUUAUCUCAACAUAAACUUAUGCAAUCGUUUGUGUUAAGAUUUCAAUUUGGACUACAAUUUAAAUGGCUUUCUGUUUUUCAAUUUUUAUAUUUGUCCACAAGAUGGUGCUAUCGUUUCCCAUUCAAAGCAUGCAGCAACAUUUUACACCUCUGUUUUGUGCAGGGUUCCUUGAAACAAUAAGUGUUUGUCAUUACUAUGUUCGAUAAUGAUAUGUAUGAAAAAAAGUGUGUGUGUUUCUGUGUGUGUGUGUGUGUGUGUGUAUUUUUUUUUAUUUCAAUAAAAUACAAAUUCCCAAAGGAGAAUUAUUGUUUGACACCUAUAUUACAGGAGACGCGGCAUGCUACAGCGGAAGUAGUUUUAAAAGACUGACUAAUUUGAAGUGAAGUGAAUACUAAUUUGAAGUAUUUUUUUCAGCAGUUUUUGGGAAGCGGGCAUUUUUGGUCAAAUUGAGUGUGAGUUUUAAAUUAUUAUUAUUAUUAUUAUUAUUAUUUAACCUGACAGGGCAGAAAAACAUUCCCACCUUCCAAAAACAUGCAUGUUAGGUUAAUUGGAGGCUCUAAAUUGU